CACUGCACAAACAGGUGCGCAGAAACAGGAGCCGGAACAGAACAUCGGAAAUAGACCGGACGUCGGAUCUGCCUACUCUGCCUAGUUGCGUCGCCCUCGUCGCGAUAGUGGUCGGGCUCUCGAUCCAUGUAUCGCAGACUCGUCAGUCUCUGAUCACCUCCGAGCGAAACUACCGGAGACUUUGGGAACAACAUCAGGAGAUGAACAGGACCCAGCGCCAAUGUCAACAGCAAGUCCAUGAGUUGAACACAACCCUUGAAACCCGGACAUCAGAGUAUUCCCACCUGGUUCUCUCUCAGAGAAUCUGUCUGAAUAAUCUUUCCGCCCUCAACAACAACCUCACUAUGCUCGAAAACAACAUUACUACCCUCAGCUCGGAGCUCUCGGAGCAGAAACGAACGCAGAGCGAUCUCCGUCAUCAGCUGAAUCAGCACGAAAUGACGUACAGAAUCAUCAAAGAAAACAAAGCUCAGAUUUGCCAAUACCUUACCAGCAAAAGAGUGCCAGCGUGUCCUCAGGGCUGGAUCGAACAUGAAGGUCGGUGCUAUUUCCUAUCCAUCCUGGAAGAAUCUUAUGAUGGAUCGAGGGAACAUUGUUCAAACUUUGAUGCAAGGCUCCUCGAAAUAGGUUCAAAGCAGGAAGAGGAAUUUGUUUCCACCUCUAUCGGCGAAGUAUACCAAACUUACUGGAUUGGAAAAUGCAGAUACGGGAAUGUGGACUCUAAUCUCCUGCGCAAGUACAACAGCCGGUCCAGCUGCAGUAAAUGCAACGCGUACCGGGGCUACAAUCCUUGCAAAAGUAAACGCAGAUUCAUCUGCGAGAAGUCGGCACAUUUAUACCCGGAUAUUCCUGCAGAGAUCCGAGGUCUCUGUCAACACCCCGAGGGAAAGACUUAAAUCAAAUGAAGGCAUUCCACUUCUCCCCAUUCAAUCUACCCCACUCUCAAACUCCCAUCUUUUUACUCUUUCCCACCCUCUCUUCCCCUCCUUCCUACCCCAGUCUCCUCCUCUACUCGCAUCCCCAUUCUCCCGCACCUCUCCCUCUCUCCAUCUUGACCACUUUUCACCCUUCCCGCCCCGCUCUCCCUCGAUCCCCCCUUUUAAUCCCCCUUUCUACUCUCUUUGCCCUUCUCCCCAGCUCAUUCCGCUUCUGCCCUUGCUCUCUCCCCCUCGGACCCCAUUCUUUGCCUCUCCGCUCUCCGUUCUCACCACACACUCUCACCUCAAUUCUGUGAACUCUGGCUCUCAAUUCCCCAACCCAGGGGAAUAGACUGUGCACAUUUACCUUCUCUGUGCCCCUCCUGGCUUCAUACCCAUGCCCCAAGAAAUGUAAACUCAUCCUUCCUGCUUGCCUUCUAUCCGUAACAGACCCUCGAGACCCGGCAACGUCCUCGUAAAUCUCCCUCUGCACUCUUCCCAGCUCAGUGGCAUCUUUCCUACAGGCGGGGGACCAGAAGUGAACACCGCCCUCCAAGCGCGGCCUCAACGAUGCCUUGUACAACUUCAACGUGACCCCGGUACGGUGCAAAGAUGUAAAAUUAACGUAAAUUGGGAGAAUUAAUAAAUACUGCAAUGAAGGUGAAUACCGAGGGAGUGUUUAACGGCUUGUAAAUUGUUGAGUUUACAGGCGUCUGUACCCCCUCCCCGAUGGUACCGAUGAGCCCAGGGCAUUUCCCGACGGGAGGGGGUCCUCGCUGAUGGAUACGGUCUUCCCGAGGCAUUCCUUCUUGAACAUGUCCUCGAUAGAGGGGAGGGAGGGUUGUUGACGGGCAACAAUUGGCACUUUGAGCCUUAAAGGGAAGGUGACCGCUCACCACACUCCGGGGAACGGACGUGCCGAAACCUGGAUGCCUGUCUCUGUUCAGUCGGGAACUUGGCACCUUCUUCGUGUUUGCGUGAAUGUGCAAUCUCCACCCAGAUGGAUUCCACAUUCUGCUCCAUUGAUCCCAUAUCGUCCCCCACUAUCGCCCUGACCUCAGCCUCAAUCAAGAGCGCUACCCCACCUCCUUGACAUUCCUGCUCAUCCUUUCGUAUUCCCUGAUAUCCUGGGAUAUUGAAUUUCCUGUCCUCUCCACUUUGCAACCACGUCUCUAUAACGACCACUAAAUCAUUCCCCUUUGUACUGAUUUGGGCCACAAG